AUGAGUGUCGAGUCUCGAAAAGAGUACAUCUCGGCCUUGUACUGCUUAAAGGAUAAGCCAGCACAGACGAACCAAGACGACUUCCCAGGUGCUCGUACUCGAUGGGAUGACUUUGCCGUCGGCCAUCUGAUUAAUGUCAUGAGCGUCCAUCGCUCUCCGUGGCUGGCGGUCUGGCACAGACACUACAACUGGCGACUUGAGCGUGCUCUUCGAGAGGAGUGUGGUUACACUGGAGGCUUGCCAUACUGGCACUGGUCCAAGUACCUCGACCAAGACAUCAACACCUGGCCGCUUUUCGACGGUUCGGAGACCUCCAUCUCCGGAAAUGGCACGCAGACUGGACCGCAAUGCGCCUGUGUCGGAAGCGGGCCUCUCGCAAACUGGACAAUCAAUCUCGGACCGCAGGGAGAAGGAACUUGGGGAUGCAAACGAAACCCUCAAUCCGAUGGUCGCGAUGCAAAUGCCUUUGCCAGAUUGUUGGAGCUGGAAUCCCCGGGCACUCACAAUGCGCCCCAUCUUUUCAUGGGCGGGACACAGAUCGACGUGACGUUCUCUUCGCAAGAUCCUUGGUUCUUCUUCCAUCAUGCGAUGGUUGACUUCGUCUGGACGGUUUGGCAAAGUGUGGACUUCGACGCGAGAACGACGACGCUGCCGGAGCCUUCCAUAUUUGAUGAAAUGAGAAGUCAAGGAUGGGGUUUGCCUACACCGCGAGUCAGUCUCGACAGCCAGAUAUACCUUUCGCCAGUUUUCAACAACAUUACCGUGAGGGAAGCAAUGUGGACGACCAGGAAUCUGUACUGUUACAGAUAUGAGUGA